AUGAAGAUGCUAGGCAUUUCCGUAGAGAGGGUCAAACUUGCAGUCUUGGUGGCAGUCCAGGAGCUGAACUCAGGCUUUGGACUGCCAGAGCUGUACGCUUUUGAAGCCUUUUGCAUUAGUGUUUGCGGUGUGUACCACCUUGCCAACAUGCAAAAAGGCCACAGGGCACCAAAGCAAAAUUCCAAAUCAAGCAGACUGGCAGAGGCUCCAAUGGGCAAACAGGUCAGCUUGAUCAAGUUUGUGGGCGCAAACAACCACACUCUGCAAAAGGAAUGGCGCUGCCUUGUCUUUUCCCCACCCCUCUUGCGCCCACGCGUUGUGGUGCUGUGGGAAGGUGCGGUGGGAGAGACAAUUCAGACGGAGACAGAGGCAAGAUUGCAAUGCAAAUUGGCUGCAUGCAAGGUGGUGGUCAGAUCACCCUACGUCAUUGGGGCAGAGACACUGCAAGAGUGGCUGGCUAAUCCACGCACUUCCAUUGUUGCUAUUGGUGACGGUGCAUAUCAUAUGCUGUCGUACAGGCUAGAGUGUCAGCAUGCCAAGGUGAUUGUGCACCCGCACUUCGACACGCUCGGGCGCACCUUUUCUUGCCCAAACCCAUCUGAGCCGCGCUUGCACCCCAUCAACGUGGUGCCAAAUGUGCUGAGCAUCAAGACUGGCAGCUCAAGAACGCCGCUCAUCACCACGCUCCGCUUGGUCAUGGCAAAGCACGAACAUCCUUCUGCGCGCGCCUGUAUUGUCCUGACCUGCAUCAGGGCCGCAGCAUUGCUCUCUGCAAUGCAGGGCUUGGAGGCACAGAGGCAGGAACAGUGCCAGAAGCUAGCAACCAGCUACCUCUGCGGCACAGGAACACACCCAGCAGGGGAUGGUGUGAUCAAGGUGAGUGUGGAAGAGGCAGAAGGGCUGGGCAGGUGCGCAAUGUUCUAUGGGCGCUGCAGGAACCCGUGCCCCUUGCCGUUGGAUGUUGAAGGCGAAGAUGCAAAGCUGGACAGCGUAUUUUUAAUGCUCAAAGUCUGGAAGGAUGGGACUUUUUGCGACCCCAGUGGCAUGUUUGCGCUGUCCAGCAUUGCUGAGCAAGCAUUCAAUGUGGACCCCAUGGACAUCGACCUGCUCAGCACAAGCAAUUGA